GGCACAGAUAGUACAGAUAGCAUGUCUAUGGUUCGGUCCAAAUACAUUGAUAUGAAGACUUUAUUUCUUUAAAGUCUUCUUUUAAGUUUUAUUUCUAUGUCAAAAUAGUUCAAGUUUCUUAUAGGAUUCAUAGGUAUCUUGGGAUCAACACUGAAGAUGCUGAUGACGUCACAGCAAAGUAAAAUCUAUUAAUCAAUAGACUAAUUUCUAUAAUCUUGAGGGACACGCUUAUGGUGAAAAAAAUAACUGUAAAAAACCUAGGCCAUAACAACUUAUACGCGGCCUUGGGCCAUAACAGAGAGAGAGGGAAGAGAGGGAAGAGAGAGAAACACAGAGAGAAACACACAUAGCAUUAUUUUGAUUGGAAAUCACAACAAUUUUAAGAUACAUGUGAAGUUGAAUAUGAAGGAACUAGUACUAAAGGAAGAUGACGGAAUAUUUGAUGGUUCUUUCUCCCCCGACGAGUAUCACUACUACACCGAGCACAAAGAUGUUGUCCGAACGAUGUGGAAGGAACAAGGUCGUCUAUUUUGGCUCAACGCUAUCACCAAGUUUCGGAUCCAUAAUGUCAAACAUGGCAAUCUAUCGCCAUUCAACACAAUGGUCAGCAACGGGGCUUUGGACUAUCCGUUCAUUGUGAUCGCCAAGAAGAUGACCGGCUCGUUCGGCGAUGUGGAUGAGCUGCUCACCGACAUCAGCAUGGUCAUGCGGAACAUGCACCUGGCAGGCAACAUGCUGAAGCCUACUUGCGCUUUCGACCCGUUUAUCAACACGACGACACGCAACUCGUUCAGAAACCUGUUUGGACCACCCGACACGAAACUGAGGAUACUGAGGACCUUCAUCUUUGCCGAGACAUACUGCUGCUGGGGCGGCACGCUGAUCCGACUGCUGCCCGCCUGGAAGGUCUCGCCGCGGGUACGUCCCAGGCCGGCCCUGUGGUGUCCGCCGGCCAGCUACACCCAGCCGACGCCACUGCGUACCGGCGUGUUCGAACAGUACCUGCGCAACUCCUGUGGUGACGAGCUGGCCGACGUGUGCGGCGUGCCACCGCAGCGACUGGUCUGGUGGAAAUCGACGCGGCCGAACGGUGCCAUCACGUUGCCCCCGAUGGAGGAGUUCUCGGCGCUCUCCGUCGUGUUUGACUACCUGAUGGACCUGGCCGGAGACGUGGUGGAUGAGGGCGCGGGCGCCCGGACCGACGGCGCCAAGGCCCGGACGGCGCCCAAAGGCGUCUGGAAGGCGGCUGCCAACCUAGAGGGAAUCGCCACCGCCACCACCACCGAGAAAAAGAAACGGAAAAAGAAAAAGAAGGGGGAUAAGUCUACCUCGGAUGAGUCGGCCAAGGAUGAUGAGAAACCUGAAGUGGAUAAGGAUAAGACGGCAGCAGCCAAAACCGGUCCAGAUAAGGCAGGAGCGAACAAGGCAGGAGCCAAACCGAAGGCGCCGGUGCUGGAGCCGCCGCCGGCUGUGGUGCUGGCGCCGCCGACCUUCCCGCCGCUGCCGCGACCCGUGGUGGACGCCACGCUCGACUGGCACGAGUAUGUGACGGCCGUGGUGGGCACCAAGCGGCUGGUGCACAACCAGGUGCGCGGCGGAGAACUGCAGCUCGCCUGGGCCACCUACAUCAUGAAAGACUCGCACGAGAGCGAGUUGGGACACGUCAGUAUUGACCUGCGCGACAAGGUGAAGAGUCAACUGACGAAGAUGGUCAAUUAUUUGAAAAGUGCGAGGAAGGCGCUGGCUGUCAAGGGCAACAGCAGCACGAUCGCUCUGCGGCGGGAGCGGGACGAGCUGACCGCCCGCAUCAACACCUGCAACACCCUGCUGUCUGCCGUACUGACGCUACGGUACAACCCCGGCCCGGACCCGGUCGCCGACCUGAUCCGAAUCCGAGACUCCACCAAACACGAGCUGCAGGACCUGCUGCGCAUCUGCCCGCUCGUCUACCAGUACUCGGUGGCAGAGCACGUGUUUGGCUACUCGCGCAUUGUCUAUGUGGACCUGUCGCGCAUCCGGUAUCUGAUGCGGAAGGGUCUGGCUCUGGUAGGCUCCGCGCCGCCCAAGACCCAGGACGAGGCGAGCACGAUGACGAUGCUGGCCCUCGAGUGGUUUCCCGAGCUGAUGAUGCUGUCCAAAGAGUUGUUAGCCCACCUGGUGCGGCAGACAAUGCCGGGCACUGUGAUCGGCAGGCGCGUCAGAGACCGUGGAGCUUACACGUUCAACGAUGACGCCAAAGUGCUGCACGCCAAGCUCGCCGACCCAGUGACGUUCGCCGCCAUGAAGCGUGUGUUCGGAGAGAUCCGAGAUCUGACCUCCGGGAAGGACGGGGUGCUGCCGCCGCGGCCCGUGCAACUGAGGCCGCAGACCGGCCAGAGUGUCGUCGAUGUCUACUGGGCUCGGCUGGGCGCCAUGUUGUACGUCACAGACCUGCUCAGCGUCAUUCCCGUCUCGGCCGCGGCCAAUGCGUACACGCUGGCGUUCAAGUUCAGCUCUCUGGACAUACUCUUCGACUCGAUGAUCGAACUACAACUGGCCCAGUGGCGCUGGCUGUACCCACGAGCGGAGCUGGAGCUGCCGCGGCGCCCGGCAUUCAGCCGAGCUGCCAGCAGCCAGCUACUCAACGACUGUCUGAACCACGUGGACCUGGUGAUGAUGGGCACGCAGCGCCGGCUCGCCGCCCUCUACCAGAGGUUUAAAAACUGCAACUUUGGCAAAGGCGAGGGCAAGGGUGACAUGCUGUAUACCCACUGUCAUUUCCCCGAUGACACGUGCGACGUGAACGCCCACCAAAACCCGAUGCACUGCGCCGACUGUCUGCGACACGCCCGCGACAUGGCCAACCGGCGACUCGUGUGCGGCGUCACACACCUGAUUCGCGCCACGCUGUGGAGCGGCUGCGACCUCGGUAAGGUGUUUGAUAGCCUGCACAUCAUGCCCUGCUUCCUGGUGGCAGUCCAGGACUUUAAAGCCAGCCCGAGCAAGGAGCUGGCUGAUGCUAUGGAGAAGAUAUUUAUGGACAUUUUGAGGAUGGUUCGAACCGCAGACGACUACAUGACGUCCGACAUCAACCAGCUGAUAUGGAAGAUGUGCGAUUUCGGGCCCAACCAGCGGUCUUCGAUGCGUCAGCUGGGUCACCGCGAGGGCAGCAUACGCGAGGUGAUGCUGAUCGCCUGUGACGAGCUCGGCAAGAAGAUCUCUGAGAGAAUGAUGAACAGAGUGAUGCCGUAUCGGCCGCACGAGUACGAGCCGAUGCUGCAGAUGGCCGCCAAAGAGCUGCGCCUGGAGGAGGUCGAGUACGACUCCGGGUGGAUGGCGCAGGGGCCGCUGCCGCCGAUGCCGCCGCAGCGUCUCCAGCUGACGCCCACCUGGCCGGCGCUGCUGACCGGCGCGAACCAGGACACCCUCGACUGGCGCCGCUGUGUGGCCGACCCGGCCGGCGCCGUGCGCACGCUCAGUGUCAAAGGACGCCGCGCGCCCGACGAUAUGGCCAAGGAGGCGUGCACCCAGCGGACGGGUGGACCGGAGGCGACGGACGCCGCGUGCGCGCACGACCACGCCGGCAAGAUGCAGUGCUCCGUGCUAAAGACGCUCAGAGAUAUCAGGUUCGGCAUCCACGUGCUGCAGGGCUGCACCGAGCCGGGCGUCAUCAGCAUCCACGCCUCGAUGGUGAACGUGCUGCGCGAGUGCUGGCUGCCCUACCUGCUGAGCGUGGAUCGCGUGUUCCGCGGCCGGCCGGCCACCGACCCCCGCUACGCCCAGCACAAUGUCGUGCUCGCCGGCUGCCGCGCCUGGCUGGAGACCAACCUGACCAGCCUGUACAAGCAGCGCUCCAAAGUUGGAUCGGGCCGGAUGCUGCGUUUCGACCGAUCCUGGAUGAAGGCGGACGCCCUGCUCAAACCCGACAGCACGCUGUGCCGCACCGUCAGCUUCAGCCAGGCGUGCGACAUGCACCUGGACAUGAUGAAGCGGCUGAUGGACGUGCUCGUCCUGGUCCGCACCCGCCUGCCGCCCAUCGUGGAAAAGGGCUGCGAGGUCCACCCGGCUCCUCUGGAACUGCUGGAGCGGAUGGAGACGGGCGCCGUGCUCCUGCUGAAACCCUUCAUCGCCUACCGGGACGGCAAGCAGUCGCGCCACCUGGUGGACGUCUCUGAACUGGACCCGCAGGUGGCACUGGCGCUCGACAUCUACGGUUGGCUGGGACUCGUCAAGGGAAUGGUCGAGUCGGCGGCGGACAUACUGGAGCCGUACACGGCCCCCUCCGAGCAACUGACGGAGGUCACCAACCGCGCCCUCAAGGCCUACUCGAACGCGCUGCGCGGUGGCAGUCUGAUCGAGUUCCUGGCGCUGCGUCCGGCGCACGCCGUGCCCCUCCAACUGGCCGUGACGGCCCACCUGCGCCGAGACGCCGCCAGCCUGAACGCCGUCAUCACCCACGCCGGAGAGAAGACCUGCACACCGCAGUUCAUCGCGAUGCCGACCAUCGCUAGCAUUGCAGCGUGCAGUAUGACCGACGUUUGGAAGAUACCGGACGAAUGGUUAGUGCGCCUGCACCAGGUCCGUCGCGUGCUGCUGUCGACGCCUCGGCCGCACCUGCUGGAUUCGACUCUGGUGCAGCUGGACUAUCAGCUGGACUGCGCCGCUGAGCAGCUGCCCGAUCUGCCCACCUUUGAUGGACCGGAGGACAUGAGCGGCGCGGGAAUGUUUACCACCGGUCUGGAGGUGAACUCGAUGAAAUUCGCCGACCACAUGGUGGAGCUGACGGAGCACGUGCUCAAUUACCACGCGGCAAUGAAGACGGCCUUCUACCUGAGCCACAAUGGUCAUGUUUUCCCCGAUCGACGAUUCUUCGUGAAACCAUCGAAUCCGGCGUCGGCCUCCAAACCCGAGCCAGUGUUUCCCUAUGGCAAGUGGCCACCAUACGGCACAGACUCCGAGCCGACAGUGCUAACCGACGGCAACUCGAAGACAACGCCAGAAACCGACAAAGACGCCAAGGGCGACGGGAGUCCGGCGUCCAGCAUAUCCACCCAGAUUGGCGGCAUCCCGGCGGCGAGCAGGGCCACUUCUCAGGACGGUACCCAGAGCGAGGUCAUGAAGUGGGCGGCGGCGAAUAUUGUGAAGGUGCGGCGGGGUGCCAGCCGCUCGGGUGGUCCGGCCGCCGGUGGCGCCUCCGGCCCGCCCAUGGAGACUGUACAGGGGAAGCCGGCCGACCCGGCAGUGACGGCCAUGGAGCGUCUGAGCCGCGAGCUGGAGAACCUGCUGCUCUCUGCCGACCACCUCAGGGAUAUACCGGAGGAGCCGCUGGAGCCGGCGCAGCUGGAGCGGGUGGGCCGGCGCGCCGGCCGGCUGUCGGACGGCGUCCAGCAGCUGCCAGAGGGACCGCUGCGGGACGCCGCCCUACAGCUGGUGAGCUGUGUGCAGGGAGCCGUGGCACCGCCGCCCGCCAGCAAACGCUCCAGGAAACGAGCCGCCAAAAAGGCCAGGCCCAUCGCCGGUUCGGACAUGUCGGUGGUGGAGACCUGCCUGGCCAAGCUGACCUCUGUCCUCACCGAGCGCGGAGUGCCCGUGGCCGAGUCCCCCACACCCGAGUCGAGCUCCGACUCCGAGGAGCCGGACGAGGCAGACGCGGCGGCGCUGCGCUCGUGCAGCUUCUGCGAGCGCCGGGAGCGGACGCCCGGCGCGUUCGAGCUGUGCUCUCUCUGUGUGGCUGAUGAGGUGUCCAGCCCGCGCGCCUACUGCGGCAAGGCGUGUCAGACCGACGACUGGGAGGUCGGUCACUGGGAGGAUCACAACUGAAAGGAGAGGAGAGAAGUAGAGAGCGGUGACUGACAGGGAGGACCGCAACUGAGAGAGGAGGGGAGUAGAGAGAAGGAGAUCGCGAUUGGGAUGACCACAACUGAGAACUUAGAGAGAAGAUGAGAAAGAGAGCGACUGGGAGGGCCACUAUUGAGAGGAGAGAGGGGAGGGAGUGGCGGACGGCUGGGAGUACCACAGCUGAAAGAGGAAAGGAGGAGCGAGGGCGACUGGGAGGGCCACAACUGGGAGAGAGGAGCAGAGCCCGGGUCAGUGGGAGGAUCACAACUGAGAAUAGAGAGGAGAGAGCGGUGGGCGAUGCGGUGCUUGGACCAAGAGGAUCACGACCGGCUGUAACUAUAGUGGGACUACAGCUCAUUGGAGGCUGGAUGAAGCCUGGAUCGAUAGUCGUGCCUUGGGUCUCUGUUGUGAAGGCGGUUGACAUCGGGUGAAAAGAAGAGGUCCUGUCAUUGGUUUAAUCUGACAAAUUGUGAGACGUCGCUGAUCAGCGCCAUUGUUUUCGUCCUCAGUGUCAUCGUUUUCCGGCAUUGAUUAUUUUGUUUCCUUAAAAGAGGAAGGUUGGUUUCCCUGCUUCGUUUCCGUUCCAGCUCUUUUGUAAGAAGUUCAUAGCGUUUUUGGUUGGAGUUUCGGUACAUGUGUUGCUGGGCGUAUCUUUAACUUUCAAUGUGCUCCAAUGCGGAUGUGCAUAUAAAUUCCGUUGCUUAUCUCGGGUGUCAUAUUUCUGUUCAGAUGGAUAUCUGGAGGUCAGUCCUGUAUGUCUGAAUAAGUCAGAUUGUUUUGCAUUGAAGUUUGUAGCCAACGAAUGCAGUCAUCGCGUGAAAUGCCUACUUCUCAGCAACCUGUUUUGCUUCUUGUUGUCAUAUCGAUGAAUAACCACACAUAUUCCGUUCCAUUUCUUCUAUGCAUUCCACUAAACGGUUAGUUAGCGCCAUUGGAGACGGGUUAACACUUAACACUAAUGCUGCCUGCUGGAAUUGAGACUGUGAUUGUGCUGUUUGCUGUGGUGUGCGGCCUUUCUUGUCCAGUUAGUGAAGAAAGUGUUAAGAACUAUUAGGGAGUGGACUGUGCCGACGGGCAAUGGAAGCUGUGAGCGGCGACGCCAUACCGUUCUGUGAUCAAAGAGCUCGAAAACGCGCCUGGUCCAAUGGAUCAGGCGGUAGUUUUACCUGUUGUGGAGUUUGCAGUGUUAUCCAAUCACUUAUGAGUCAAGAAUACACUUUUUAGAAAACGCC